CUUGUUGCUUUAUUUUGUGAAUGCUUUUGGUUUAAAAUAUGCCCUAAAUCAUGCAGUAAAACUCUGACAAAACUACAAAAUAUAAGGCAUCAGUCAACAUAAAUAGUGUAAUGUGGUUGUUCAUCACCUCCCUCCUUAUCUCAUUCGUUAAACACUGAAUGUAAAAUGAUUUUCUUUUGCUUUGGUCUUUGUUUGACAUCAGGCCUUCUACAUUUGCACAAGCUGCCAAGCUCCGAAGAAUAGCAGUAGCCAAGGAGAAAGACCUUACAAAAAUUUGGUGUUAAGAAAUCUAAUCGACGUUUGAAAAUGGAAAUUCCGGACAAAAGUUGGAUGCUACUACGUCGAGAUCAUCCACAAUAUAUGAAAAGCGUUGAACAAUUCAUAAACUUUGCUCAAUACUCUACUGGAAGAGAAAAUAUUGAUUGUCCUUGCGUUAAAUGUGCAAAUCGAAAUUAUGAGAGUGUUAAUAUUGUGAAGACACAUCUAAUUAUACACUGUAUAAGAAUGGACUACGAAUUUUGGUGCUUUCACGGUGAAAGAAGCUCCACAAAUGAUAUUGUUGAUGAUGGCGUUGAUGAUGUUGAUGACGAAUCAAAUAACGAAGACGAUGUUAACGAGAAUAUCAUAGAAGAAGAUAAUGCAGUUGAUGAUAUUGAUAAUGAUGUUGAUGACCACUAUAUGGAAGAUAUUCUCAAUGAUCUGUAUCCCAACAUUCAACACUCUAGUUCUGAAGAUUUGGUUAACGAUGAUAAAACAUUCUACAAAUUGUUGGAUGAUUCAAAGCAGCAUUUGUAUGAAGGUUCUCGAAUUUCAAAGGCUUCCACAUUAUUGAAGUUGCUUCAUAUUAAGAAUGUUGGUCAAUGGACAAAUACAUCAUUCGACCUAUUGCUAAAUUUGCUCAAAGAUGAGAUUUUACCAGUAAAUUCUCAUUUACCCAAUUCGUAUUAUGAGUGUAAAAAAUUUAUUACAAAUAUCGGUCUUACAUAUGAAAAGAUCGAUGUCUGUAAUAAUAAUUGUAUGCUUUACCGUAAGCAGGAUAAUGAUUUGCAACGUUGUAAGGUGUGUGGCACCUCGAGAUGGAAGAUUGAUAAGUCAAGUGGUGUAGUUCGGAAAAAACAGAAUGAAAAACACAUCCCAGCUAAGGUGCUACGUUAUUUUCCAUUGACAUCAAGGCUGCAAAUGUUAUAUAUGUCUUCAAAAACGGUUCCACUAAUGAGAUGGCACAAAGAUAGUCGAGUAGACGACGAAUUCUUGAGGCACCCCGCAGAUUCUAUAACAUGGAAGUCGUUUGAUGAACACUACAUCGAUUUCUCUUCAAAGCCCCGAAACGUAAGACUUUGUUUGGCUAGUGAUGGGUUUCAGCCAUUUAUUAAUGGAAAACAAUCGUACAACAUUUGGCCGGUUGUUCUAAUACCUUACAAUGUACCACCGACGAUAUGCAUGGACUCAAAUAAUUUCAUGUUAUCCAUGUUGAUUCCCGGUCCUAAGAGUCCUGGUGAUGCGAUUGAUAUUUUUCUACAACCGUUAAUUGAGGAAUUGCAGGCCUUGUGGCAUACAGGUGUUCGAACUUUUGAUGCAUCAACUUCAGAGUAUUUUAACAUGCAUGCUGCACUGUUAUGGACUAUUAACGAUUUCCCUGCAUAUGCAAAUCUAUCCGGUUGGAGUACUAAGGGAAAAUUUGCGUGUCCGUGUUGUAAUAUUGGCACCGCUUCAAUGAGAUUGACCAAUUAUCAGAAAGAGUGUUAUAUGUGUCAUAGGCGUUUCCUCCCCCUAACCACAGAUUCCGGAAAGAACGUGAAACCUUUGACGGUAAUAUAG